GAUCUGUUCAAGGGAACCUUUGUUGAGAUUAGGGUUUGGGUCUUGAGGGAAUGCAAGUACAAGAGGACACGGCGGUCGAAAGUCAUGGGCUAUUCCAAUUUGCAGAGGAUGACGAAUGGCUUUUCCAAAUCCUCCAAGCAGACGAACCUGUCGCACCCAAACGACAACGACAUUUUAUUGACUGGUCCUAUCGAAUGAAUGCCACAUUGGAUGGUUGGUUUCAUAAAAAUCCUGACCCACUCUCAAAACGCUUCAAUACAAAACUGGGUCCAAAUGAACUCGUUAAUGCCAUGGAACACCACUAUCUUUAUAAAAACUAUGAUGCUGCCCUUUCUCUCUCCCUCGAAUACCUUCACCUCAAUUCGGCGUUACCGAAACCCAUGAAAGCGGGGGAGGCACUAGAAAUUGCUGGGAGAUGUGCAUUAAAGCUUGGACGAGUGGAUCAAGCUCUACUGAUUACCGAGCCGCUAGAGAUGUCCAAGGAACCCGGACAACUUUUCUUUCGAGCCCAUCUUCUCCGUCUUAAUCAUCGACCAGUAAAGGCACUCGACCGGUUCAUCACGUAUUUAAACAUUAGAACAAACGACCCGAACGCCUGGCAAGAAAUUGCUGCCAUCCUUUCCCUUUCCAAAGAAUGUAAACCAUGGGCACUCCUCUCCCUCACCCACGCUCGAUAUCUCCUAACCCGAUCACAACGUCUCCCAACGCCCAUUACCGAACGAAAUGCAUCAGUGGUACUCGCAUCCCUUGACAAGCGUAUAGAACAACUAGAACAAGAAUGUGGAGACCAAGUACCAGAUGAAAGAGUUCUCGAGUCCUUUGGUCUAACACGAGAUCAAACCGAGUAUUUAAAAUCCAAAUUGCAAAGUAUGGACCGAAUAGGAGAGCAAGAUGGAGAAGACAGUAAUGUCCGAGAGUUAUAAAGCCUUUAUUUUUUUUUUGCAACUGUACAUUAUUUCGUAAUGUAAUUUAUCGCCCAAGAAUUAUAUCUUAAUCCGAUAGCCAC